CAUCAUCACCUUUGCGGAGUCGCGCGAGACGAGCGAAAGACUAGAGACUCAACUCUUGCAUGAGUCGAAUUGCGAGCAGCUUGCAUCCCACAUCCCAUGCAUGCACUGAUUCGAGAGUGACACUCGUGACUAUUACUACUACAGAUACACAGACUGACGAUCAUAUCAAAACUGCCGCUUUGCAGCUUGCAUCACCACGCACCAAGCUCAUGCCCGCCAUCCGAUCCGCAAGGAGGUUGCCGUUUUGACAAGUUGUCUUGCAUGCCCGCUCUGCACUCCAGCUAUCCUUGUCUAGCCUCAGGACACCUCCACUCGUCUCCUGCGUCCGACAGCAAGCACUCGUGACUCGUAACACAAAAUCGUCUCCAAGCGAGGCGCAAAUUCAGACUCUGGAGCAUCGAGCCUGCACAGAACAGAGAUCUCUCGGAUGCGCAGCGAGACACGACAAUGCAACAAGCUCCAGAACAAGCCGGCCCGUCACGUUCUCCCGAUGGACCCAAUCGAUCAGCGUCCACAUCACCAUCUUGCUCAGUAGGCGACACCACCAACAAAGUGAAGAUGGAGGAUGUGGCGGAUGAGGAGGAGGAGAGCAAGGCCAAAUCAAACAUUGGCCCUGUGCGAGAGUCGAAGGAGAAUAAAGCGGAAAGGAGGGAGAAGGAGAGCAAGGUGGCCCAACCUCCAGCCAAAGCUGCCUGCACUUUCUGCCGGUCGAGGAAGUCGCGCUGCAAUGGCAAAUGCCCUUGCGCUGCUUGCAUAGCUAGGGGGCGAAUCGAUGACUGCAUAUACACGAUCAGCAGGCGUGGCGGCAAGCCGAAGCCAAAACAGGCUCCAUCAUCCACGGCAAAUUCCCUCGAGUCGCAUUUGGAGCAGCUUUUCGCAUUAUCAGACCUACCCAGCGAUGUUCGAGUGCCGGGACAGGUUCCGCAGCUUCGGCCAUUCCAGACUGACAUGAAUUUUGAUGGGCAAGACGUAGCGGGACCCUCAGCUUGGAGCGGCAAUGAAGGCACGAUGGGCAACGAGGAGCUGGAGCAGCUACUCAGCUCAAUGUCAGCCACGUAUGGAGCACCGGACCAGCAGACUGGACAGUAUCCUACCAUUGCGCAAGGCAGCAUGCCGCACCAAGGCGGCUCGCAUUCCAACAUGUCAUGGCAAGAUCAGCCCCAAGCUGCUGCUGCGAACUCUGGCCUUGCCCCGCUCUUUGGAGGUGAAUCUGCUCAUCAAGCGCGAGGGCAACCUUCGGCAACGCACUCGAUGCCUAUGACGUUGGCUCAGUCCGAUGAGGGCGAAGGGGCACAGUCUCUGCUCGCAGACUACUACCGAUAUCUAUACCGCUUCAUUCCGGUCUUCGUCUCGCCCGCUAGGCUCACUCCCGUGCUCAGCGGCUCAAUGCCAGCCUCUUCUCCUUUUUUGCAUGCCCUCCGAGCUCUGUUGCCCUUGCUGAGAGGAGAGUCCUCGUCUAUGCAACAACCCUUUGCGGUCCCCACAAGCGGACAACAUGGACUUAAUUUUGGCAGCGCAGAGAAGCAUGCCCGUUUGCGAGGCCUCACAAGCUGGUGGGAGCGCAAAGCUACUGAAGGGAUCGACAGCAUCUUGGAGCGGCUAGAGGGAGAUGAGGAUCAAAUGACGAAGGAGGCGCUCACGCUCGAGGUCUGUCAGUCGCUUUGCACCUUGGCCAUCUACGAGUAUGGCUCAGGAAGGGCACUGAAAGCGCGACUGAAAGCCGAUCAAGCGCUAGGGUUGGCUAUGUCAAAAGGCUAUCACCAGGUGCUAUCAGCCUCUUACACGGGCUCCGGCACACCCGGACCUCAAAUAGGGCUUGGGGCUGAAGGCGCUGCAAAGCACUACUUUGCUGGCGUCGAGCCUGGAGAGAUAGGACAGAUGAAACGCAGGGUGUGGUGGACUGUGUGGAGCCUAGUGAUGUGGAGCGCGUAUAACACGGCUCGUACCCCAACAAUCCGAGCAGACGAUCCGCGCGUCCGCACCGACAUGCCAGCAUGCAGAGACGCCUCAGCUUGGGCUAGCAAUGUGCGCUCUUUGCAGGCCCUUCUGCUUGUGCAAGAUCGAGUGUUGGCGCUUUCGCGGUUGCAAGAAGAGAAUCUGGCCGAGGUCGAAACGUCGGGGCCAGGUGGAGUGACGCUGCCUGCCUCACCAGCUAACGCGGUAGCUGGGUCACCGCUGAGUGCAAACACUCCUGCUUCGGCUAGCGGGGGGCCGACAAAGGUCAUCCCUGCAGCAUUUUCCAGCUUGCCGACCAUCGCCACGAAGCAGGACAUCCUGCAGUCCAUGCAAGAGAUCGACGCCAGCCUCCAAGAACAGAUCAAAGCCAUUGAGGAGCCAGGCGCGGACCUGGGAGGUGCGAUCAACCACUCUCGACAAAGCUCAGGGGCGCGUCAAAACGCUUCUGCCGAAGAGGUGGAGGAUGGUCUCGUUGCGUAUCUGAAGAGCAGUGCUGCAAUACAGCUUUACACCUCUUCCCUAACACUACACAUUGGACAAGCCUUCCAGGGAGCAAGCCUGUUUGAGCGCAAAUUGUGCUUUUUGAAUAGCGUCAACGACUCCACAGACUCAAUGGCCGCGUGCCAGGUGCCGAUGCCAGACGUCUUCGACGAUCCAUCAGGAGGUGCGAAUUUGCAGCAGAUAGGACCAGCGUCGUCGUCUACCCAGGAGCUGUACCAACGUGGACCAUUCUUGCCGCGCCUCAGUCUCGAUCGCUGCGUCCACGCUUCCAAACGCUUGCUCGAAAUAUCAAGGCAUGCAGGCAAAGACCCUCAACCGAAUCCCUUUGGAGCCUGUUCCUUCGUCCUCAUCUCUUUCGUCUGUCUCAUGCAAGCGCUGGCAAUCAGCGGCACACCUGAUGGCGAAGGGGACACAGAGGAGAACGACGACUCGAACACACCCCCUCGCAGACCUCAACAAGGUCAAAUGCCGGCAUCGUACUCCCGAGAUCUGUUGCUUUCCGGGCAGGGAGCAGCCGCCCUGAGCCCUGCUGUUAAGCAAGACGGCCAAUUCAAUGGAGGUCAUCACGGAAGCGACUUGACGGGCGCCGCCGGUCAAAGCGUCAUAUCUGGCGGCUCUCGUCUUCAGCGACUGGAGAGGAUUUGGCAACGGGUGCGAGAAGCGCACGAGACCUUGAAAGCCAUGUCGGACUCGUGGGCUAUAACCAUCCCUAUGCAAGAGGAAGUGAGCAAUUGUCUAGCUGCAAGCAAAGCUCUUCUGGCCUCCCCCUUCGGUUUGCAAAGCCUGUCGACAACAGCAGCUGGACCACAAGUAGCUGGCGGGGCGCUCCCAGAAGCUGGCGUUUCAGAUACCAUGGACUUCCAAAAUAAUGCAGUGCCCUCUGCAAUGGACGCUCCGCUCGGAUUCGACCCCCUGCUCGGCUUCGACGAUGCUGCCGAUUCGCCUUGGUCCGGCAUCUCUACUGGCCAAUGAUGCCGUUGUACUGCAAUAUAUAUAUGUCCCCAAUACCCUUUACGCGCCGCUGCUCGCCUGAUGUACCGAAUGCGGCGUGUAACAAGACUCC